UCCUGCCUGCUCUCCGCUCACUGCUUUAGGAAACGUGGCCUUAUCAGGACUCCAGCAGCACAGCGGUAGAUGAAUGACAGACUCCCCGCUUCAGCUUCCACUUCUAUCCGCCUGUCAGUUAACGCCACAGCCUCAACAGACCCCGAAGCCUCUCUGUGUGUGAAGAACAAUGUCUGAGGCUGAACAAAUCCCGGCCUCUGCUUCGGAGGCCGCCGCAUCGGCCGUCCUGGACGCCCUGAACGCCACGGACUCCAACGGGACCGAGGCGCUCAACGCCACGGCCAAAUUCGUGGCCACCCCGGAGGGCACGGCUCUGGCGUACGGCAGCCUGGUCUUCAUGGCGCUCCUGCCCAUCUUCUUCGGAGCCCUGCGGUCCGUCACCUGCUCAAAAUCCAAGGAGCUCGGAGAAAAUGAUUACGAUUCUGGGUUCAGAAAUGCAGCCGACAUGCCUGAGACCAUCACCAGUCGGGACGCAGCGAGGUUCCCCAUCAUCGCCAGCUGCACUCUAUUUGGGCUCUACCUCUUCUUCAAGGUAUUCUCUCAAGAGUACAUCAACCUGCUGCUGUCGGUCUACUUCUUCGUCCUGGGCGUCCUGGCUCUGUCUCACACUAUGAGUCCUCUGAUGUCCAGAGUCUUCCCAGCAUCUUUCCCAAACAAACAGUACCAGCUGCUCUUCACUCAGGGCUCCGGAGAGUCCAAAGAAGAAAUAGUCAAUUAUGAGUUUGACACCAAGAACCUGGUGUGUCUGCUCAUCAGCAGCGUGGUGGGAGUCUGGUACCUGCUCAAAAAGCACUGGAUAGCCAAUAACCUGUUCGGGCUGGCGUUUGCCCUGAACGGAGUGGAGCUGCUCCACCUGAACAACGUCAGCACCGGCUGUAUCCUGCUGGGGGGGCUGUUCAUCUACGACGUCUUCUGGGUGUUUGGGACCAACGUCAUGGUGACUGUUGCCAAGUCAUUUGAAGCACCAAUCAAAUUGGUGUUUCCACAGGACUUGUUGGAGAAAGGUCUGGAGGCCAGUAACUUUGCCAUGCUGGGACUGGGAGACAUUGUCAUCCCGGGUAUCUUCAUCGCUCUGCUGCUGCGCUUCGAUGUCAGCUUGAAUAAAAACAGCAGGACGUAUUUCUACUCCAGCUUCCUGGCCUACAUCUUUGGACUGGGCCUCACCAUCUUUGUCAUGCACACCUUCAAACAUGCACAGCCCGCCCUGCUGUACCUGGUGCCCGCCUGCGUCGGCUUCCCCGUCAUCAUAGCGCUGUUCAAAGGAGAGCUCACAGAGAUGUUCAGGUAUGAGGAGUCAUCUGAGGAGACUAAAGAGGAAGCGACAGAAUCAGAGAAGAAGGACCAAUAAUAUCCAUGUCGCCCCCACCCCCUGCCCUCCCUCCUCCUUCAAACACUUUUCAUCAUCAGCCUGCUGCCACCACAUUUCACUGAAGCCCCGCCCCCUCCAGUCUCUCCAGCUUGUCAGCCAGGGGAAACGGGGCUCAUGUUGCCAACGCGUUUGUCUCUGAUAACCACGGGAGCCCGACUGUUACCCGUGGUUACGACUGCCGUCGCGCUGCCAACGAUGAUGUUUGUAAUUAUUAAAAGUCGUUUUGGGACCCGGUGCCUACCACGAAUCCUCUCACACAGGACCACGAAGUGGCGUGUCAGGGAACACCUGUCCAAUCGGAUCUCAUCGUGUGUUUGCAGCUCGCCGCUCAGAUAGGCAGAGAAACGAGAAGGAGCGCUUGUUUUAGCCUUUACACGGCCCCGAGCGUGGACGAGUUGGACGGAAAAACGAGCGCUGCUGCCAUUUUCUUUCUUGUUUGUUACUUUUUUUUUUUCUGAAACCCUCAAACAAAGAACCGCUGACGAUUGUGAUGAUCCCCAGAAUCUGAUCCUGUAAAAAAGUCUGGAGGCGUGGGAACUCUCCAGAUGUGGUUCUUUGUUUCCGGGUGUCUCUGCUCACCAGGCGCUGCUCACACUGCCAUCUGCUCCGUCAGCAUCAGCUUCUUCUACUGGUUUUAUCUGUAUUUGUUUCUAUAAUAGGCCAGAAUUUUAAGAGGGAAACGGUUUCAGUUUUUUAGGUAUACAGUUAUGUUGUCAUUUGUUAAAGCUGUAUUGUGUUUACAUCCACUUGUCUCCAUGCUGACUGUACAUGUGAGUUCUCCCUGUCUGUCCAGCUGUUUGCCAGAGAAUAAAUCUGCUUUCCAAUCAGGCCUGUGGUGCUAACGUGGCUUCAAGUUAAACCCUGCAGCUGUAGGUCGUAGGGCCGUACAGCUGAGGCGGAGAAAGGAAGUAGAAACAGUCCGAGUAUUAUAGGUUUAACCUAAAAUAUGGUUCCUGUUCCUGACGAGGAUCAAAUAGUUGGUUUGUUUUGGAAUUAGGAAAUUGGAGGUGAAUUGGUGCACAGAUGAGAGCUAAUAUCGUAGACACGUCUAUAAAAGAUGAAAGAGUUCCAGUUGUAUAAUGUGUUGGAUUAGUUAGAUGAAUAUUUUAUGGCUCUUCCCAAAGUCAAGAGAGCUGCAACAAAGUCCCACGAGGCUCAUCCAGUCUUAAAAGCUUCCCUCUGAAAUUCAAGAGAAAGUAUUAAUUUAGUUUUUGUUUUGUUUUUUCUUCAAGAAACACAACGCAGGUUGUUUGCUAUAAAGCGUUGAGGCCAAUGUGUGACCAGCUGCCACUGGGACACAACUGAAUACAAGAGCAGCAAAUUUAGCUCAGUAAUAACAAUCCACCUCUCGCCCAAUGGUAGCUGGGAUAGACUCCAACCUGCCUGUGAACCUGACAAUAAGCAGAAGAGGAUGAAUGGAUAUAAAUUUAUAUAAAUAUUUAACUUACAUACUUGAGUAAAACUGAGUUGCUGUUAUCGCUGCAGCCCACACGUUAGCAAUCAUUGGUCUACGGCGUCGGUCACUAGCUUAGUUUAAAUGUGAAACAGCAGGUUUGACCCGUCUGUGGCCAGUGAGCACGUCAGACCUGCCCUCACUGAUGCCACAGUGGCUGUCCAUCUUUUAUUUACAGUCUCUUAUGAAGGUUCUGGAGCUUUAUUGCUCAGACGUGUAACAGAUACACUUUUUGUGGUGACAGAAAAAUGCCAGUGUGGUUUUGUGGAAAAUGUUUAGAAACCAAAAGCACAGUUUGGAUUUCUUUGUUGAAAACGAGGGGGCGACUUGAACUCCAACUGUGGUUCUUUAGUGAGAAUAAUUAGUUCUAGCUCCAGGUGUGAAUGCUGCAGUGCAGCCACUCGUAAUAAAUAAAUAAUGAUGACAAAAAGUAGUUAGAAACUAAAGGUACAAAAUAUUUUCCCUCAAUUUCGCUCCUUGCUGUCCCUUUCAGUUGGAGUGUGUCUGGAAUUUAAUCAGCUGCACAGGUGAACUUUUUCCUGUGUGGAUAAAUAAAAACUGGAUUCUUGGUUUUCAGUCUUAAAGUUCUGGCCUGUGAGAGAAGAGCAAAAGGAGGAGGCGGCAGACUGAACUGCCUUCACUGCCCAGCAAGAGGCAUCAUUCUCACACCUUAUUGGUGAAAAGGUGCAAUGGGAGGAGCUCCGUGGCUUCUUCGUUUGAUAAGCAGUGAGAAUGAGCCCAGGAGGCAAAGUGUCACAGGGUGUUUUACAAAAGCAUCCUCAAACUAGGAUCAAACUCAGAAAAAUAGCCAAAAAGAAUUCAGCAGAAUCGGAGACAUGGUGACUGUUGGCCUGUGUUACAGGUUCAUUUCCAAAGUCUGCUGCUUGAAACUGCAUUUCCCAUAAUGUCAACAUAUCCUACAACCGUUUCCACGGGAUAAGCCAGUAAGCUUAACCUAAUGCAAGUACAACUGCGAUUUAAUGUAAUUCAGAGUUUCAAAGUAAAGGUUUAAACGGAAAACGGUCCUAACUUGUUUUUAAAUAAAAUCAUAUGCAGUUGCAGAUAAUUACAAAGUUUUCGGAUGCUUGGAAAAACCCUGCCUAACUGGACAUAAUUAGCCUCACGUUAAUACUCCCAAUGUUAUUGAUUGUUAUGGAUGCUUUAUUAAGAGAUGCACAGUUUUGUAUCAAUGUAAAAACAAAAUGCUCUUAUUCAGCUCAGUGAAGUUCAGUAGCCACUUAAUUUUAAAUAUAAUGUACCUGAAAUUGGUUUUUUUCUUCCUCUCUGGUUGUAUUUGUGGUGGCGGCCGUUUUACGGCGCCAACUGUAUCCGUUUUAUUUGCAAUAAAACUUUUGGUGUUUUGAUCACCGCAUAGAGAAGCAUAA